ACAUAGCGAAAUUAAUGAAGACAGAGUUAAGAAGCCGCACUUCUCUUCUUCUCCUGCUUCAUCUGGCAAUAUCUGCCAUUCCACUUUCUUCUCAAAAACAAGCAGGUAACAACGGCAAUGUUAACGAUAAUGGGAUGAAAACUGCCACUUUCCGGUCACCGGCGUUUGAGCUAGAGCCCGGAUCAGUCGAAAACAAAUUCUAUUAUGAUGUCGGCUUCCCCAAAGGUCAUAUUGCAGUGAAAGGAUUCGACGCAGAAGUGGUCGAUGAAGCCGGAAACUCCAUCCCUCUUUACGAAACCUAUCUCCACCAUUGGGUGGUGGGGAGAUACUACCGCCUCAAAGGCGGCGCCGAUGAUGCUCGACCAGGCGCCAUUCUCGUCCGCAACUCAGGCAUCUGCCCUGGCCUUUCGCAGUAUUUCGGGCUGGGAUCCGAAACAAGGAAAACAGAUACCCGCAUUCCAGACCCGUACGGAAUAGAGGUCGGGAAGGCGGAAGACGUUCCGGAGGGGUACGAGGAGGCGUGGCUGCUUAACGUUCACGCGAUUGAUACCCGGGAAGCGGUGGAUCGGCUGGGGUGCACCGAGUGCAGGUGUGCGCUGUACAAUGUGAGCGUGGACGAGAACGGGCAGGCUCUGGAAAAGGAUUAUGUCGGUGGGCUGAGAUGUUGCUAUGACGGGACUAGAUGCCGGGUGAAUGCCGCUCAGGGUACAGGAAGAAGAAGACGCCUCUAUCUCCAGUACACUGUCACCUACCUUCACUGGGAUUCCUCCUUUCUUCCCCUCAAGAUUUAUAUUUUUGAUGUCACUGAUUCAUGGAAGAAUACGACUUCAGCCUCCAAUGGCCACCACUGCAAGAUUGAGUAUAAUGUUGACUCUUGUUCUGCUGAUGUGGCCAAUGAUGGAUUAUGCAUUCAUACCCAAAGUGCAAGCUCAAGUUUGCCCAAUGGAGGAGAUCUCAUUUAUGGUGUGGCCCACCAGCACACCGGAGGGGUUGGUUCAACUCUAUAUGGGGAGGACGGACGGACAAUAUGCUCUUCGGUUCCGAUUUAUGGAAAUGGCAUGGAACCUGGGAAUGAAGCUGGUUUCAUUGUUGGAAUGACAACAUGCUAUCCUCAGCCCGGCUCGGUAAAGAUUGCAAAGGGAGAAAAGCUGACCAUUGUAUCUAACUAUAGCAGUAGCCAGAGCCACACUGGAGUCAUGGGCCUUUUCUAUAUUUUGGUUGCUGAACCUUUGCAGACAGAUGAUGCAGUGAACCCAAUGUAUGGUAUUUGGGGUUUCUUAGCAUUGUGUGGAGUUGCAGUGCUUCUUGUUGCUGCAAUACUUAUUAAAAGGAGUAGGGGAAGAGAAGAUGGCUAUGAAUCUCUGGUUGCUUGAAGUGGCAUUGAAUACAUUGCCAUAUUUGGUUGUAACAUAAUUAUAAUGGAAUACUUUUGCCCUUAACCCUCUGUCUUUAGCUAGUACUAUCGUAUUAAUUAAGUAUUAUAUGAUCGGAUUCUUCAAUCUCUUGAAGAAAAACUAUGCAAUACACUCGUGUGACAAAUAAAGCCUAUAUGCCCUUGUUCUGGAUAGUUGUCAGUUUUUUAGUUUUUGAUUUAUGAUAAAACAUUGCAUGUAAUACUUGGCAUAUACGG